UCCAUUUAUUCUUUGAACACAUCAUUUCUUGCUGCCACAAUGUUAUUUAGACCUAAAAUACUUGGGCUUUUUCUUCAUCCAAUAAACAGGAUCACAUUACGACAGGUGUCCACAGCCAGAAGCUUUGGAGAAAAGGUCAUUCCACCGGUAUCAUCACCACCCUCAUCAUCCAAACUCACAGUGCAGCAGGCUCUGGACAAGUGGACAGUGUGUUUCCAAGUGGCAGGAGUCUCUGAAUCUGUCCUGUCAAGUCAGCACAUUGUCUCUCAUGUACUAGGGCACAAAACGCUGAACAGCUUGAGUAGGAAGGGGCUUAGCAGAGUCCUGUCCCAACCACAGGUUGAGAGGAUAUGGAAACUGUGUCAUAAGCGUCUAACCCGGAUGCCAGUACAGUAUGUGAUUGAGGAGUGGGACUUCAGAGACCUGACCCUGAAGAUGAAACCACCUGUCUUCAUACCACGCCCUGAGACCGAGGAGCUGGUGGGCCUGGUUCUGGCUGAUCUAGAAGAGAGCAGAGUUGGCAGCAGAUGUCCAGACUCCCAUGUGCAUUUCCUGGAGGUGGGAUGUGGCUCAGGUGCUAUAUCGCUGAGUCUGCUGCACAGCCACACACAGAUCAGGGGGAUGGCUGUGGAUCAGAGUGCAGAGGCUGUGGCUCUAACCAAGGAGAAUGCCCAAAGUCUGGGUCUACACGAUCGACUGACAGUCAAUCAAGCGGACGUGAUUAAAGAUGCGGAGUGGCUUAUGGGGAGUUGUGGGCGUGUGGAGGUGCUAGUCAGUAACCCUCCAUACCUCUUCACUGAGGACUUGGAGUCACUGGAGCCGGAGAUCCACAGGUAUGAGGACCGUGCGGCGUUGGAUGGAGGGAGGCAGGGGAUGUGUGUCAUAGAGCAGAUUCUCACUCUGGCCCCCAGCCUGUUGGCUGACUGCGGGCGAGUCUAUCUGGAGGUGGACCCUCGUCACCCAGAGCUAAUCCAGAUGCAGCUGAGGGACAACAGGCUGUGGGGAUUAGACUAUGUGGCCACACACAAGGACUUCACUAACAGGCCACGUUUCUGCAUUCUACAAAGACGACCAGGCAAUGGCUGAUCCAGUGAGAGAGAGAGAGAGAUAAAGAGCACAGGCUCGAAGCAAGCUGGAUGAAGAGGACUGAAGCAGAGAGGCGAGUGAGACCAGAGAGAUAUGGGAUGCCUGGCUUAGCCAGGCGCGUUGGGGUGGGUGUUUUUUGCCCUUGGAGGAAUUCUGUGUGGCUGGCCUCGGUCCAGAAUGCAAAUGCACUCCCAAGGACUUUCGUGAAGUGUCUCUCACACACAGCACGUACAUACAGUAUGUGCGUACAGUACGUACGUUCAGUGAAAGGUUGGCCAUUUGCUUUCCUGGAGUGCAGAAGCUGCCUUCAAAUACAUGAAGCCCACUUAACUUCCUCCAUUUGGGUCAGGGUGCUGUUCUCUUCAUGCAUGCACAGGUUUUCAUUUGGUUUAGUUUGUUUUCAAAAUGGACGUUAUUCACAUGGCUGGAUAUUUCUGUAUAUUGUGCAUAUUGAGCAGUGUGUGUGUAAACACACGUGUGUGUGUGUGUGUGUGUGUGUGUGUGU